AGCGUGGAUUCCUUUUGACUGGGUUCUGCUGCUAUGGCGCUGUUUUCCUCUCUGACACCUGUGCUCGUGGCAGUUUUAUGCGUCGUUGUCGUCGCCCGUUUUUUCAAAAGUUUUCAGAAGAAACACAAGGAAACAGACACCGACUCCAAAUCCGCGGUGAAAUCCAGGCCGUGGGUAGACGAGGACCUCCAAGACGACACAGAAAUCAACACCAAAGAUGAAGCGGAAGGCGAAGACUGGGCGCCCAGCGAGGAGGACGUCCCCCACGUACCCUACGCCCCCCCGCGGUACCCCUCUGACGUCAUGCUGCAGCGCUCGCGGGAGUUCUACGAGCUGAUGAACGAGAGGAGGUCCGUCCGCUUCCUCAGCCCCGAACCGGUGCCCCGCGAGGUCAUCGACUACGUCGUCCAAACCGCAGGGACGGCCCCCAGUGGGGCUCAUACGGAGCCCUGGACCUUCGUGGUUGUGGCGGACGCUGAGGUCAAGCACCAGAUCCGUGAGAUUGUGGAGCAGGAGGAGGAGAUGAACUACAGGCAGAGGAUGGGAGACAAGUGGGUCAGUGACCUACAGAGGUUAAGGACAAACUGGAUUAAGGAGUACCUGGACAUCGCUCCCUACCUCAUCCUGGUGUUCAAGCAGACCUACGGGCUCAAGGGCAAUGGCAAAAAGAAGACACACUACUACAAUGAGAUCAGCGUGUCUAUAGCCUGUGGAAUCCUACUGGCUGCACUAAAGAACGUCGGCCUGGUGACGGUGACGUCGACGCCCCUGAACUGCGGCCCGCAGGUGAGGCUCCUCCUCCGCCGGCCGGCCAAUGAGAAGCUCCUGAUGCUCCUGCCCGUUGGGUUUCCCGCCAGCGACGCCACGGUGCCCAACCUGACCCGGAAGAACCUGGAUGACAUCAUGGUGUUCGUGUGACGCUGGCCCUGGAUGCGUGUGUGUGGCUGGUAAAAACAUGACGUCACGUAUCAUGACCUUGUGAUACAUCCAGCAGCUCGUGUACUAAGAAGAUAAGAGCGACUAUGUGUUGAUUCAAAGCUUAAAAGGAUGUAAACUGCAAAGCAGUUCAAGCGAAUUCAAGCAACUUUUACUGUUCUUGCUUUCCACUCAAAUCAAGAUCCUCUCUGUAAGCCCAAUCAAAAUGUAUUACAUGUCUUAUUCUCUUAAACACAAAUUCAGUAAGUGCUGCUGAAAAUUGUAAUUAAAAAAAUUAAUAAAUAAUGGGCGGUAUCUCCCCGUGUGGAA